UCCCCCUCUCUCUCUCUCUCUCUCUCUCUGCUCGCUUCUUCAUCCUCCCUCUUCAUUCACUGGCCAUCGCCCAAAGUCCUCGUCUUGGAGGAAUAUCGUCGUGGUUUUCUGGACGAUUUCCCUCCGACCACCGGUUUUCGGCUAGGUGUGCUCUCUGAUUUCGCUGCUUCCGUCCGUCCUUUUCUUUUAUUUGGUGCAUUUGAAGGCGCGAUCUCGGCGAAAAGAUCGAUCUCUCCGGUGCUUUUCCUCCAUUUCUGGUGUAGAGUGGUCAGAUCAGAAUGGGAGGAUUGCGUGGAUGCAGAAAUAGAGAAUUGGAGGUGUUCCCGUUGUAGAGUCUAAAGGCUGCGGAGCAUCUUGGAGAUAGCAACACAACAGUUGAUCUAUCAAGUGGUGAGUAAAAGUAUGAGAAAGAAUGGGAGCCUUCAUCUAGGGAGAGCAUUUAGUGACAGAAGAUGGCUUAUUCCAUUCUUUGCAAGCUUGCUGGUCUCUUUCACUCUCUUCAUGGCAAAUGUUCUUGGGCUAUUUGCCACUCACAAUCCUGGGGAUUCAUUGUCCUUCGAUGUUAGUUUAGAUGUUUCUGAGGGUUAUAACAUAGAGCCAGAAAGGAAAGAGCCAAUGGACCAGACAGUGGCAUCGGAAAAUGAAGCUCCACGGAUAGCUUAUCUGUUAACUGGCACAAAAGGUGACAGCCAAAGAAUGAGGAGAACUCUGCAAGCAAUAUAUCAUCCACGAAAUCAAUAUAUUCUGCACUUGGACCUUGAGGCUCCUCCCAGGGAAAGGAUAGACUUGGCCAUGUAUGUCAAGGGGGAUCCUUUGUUUAGUGAGGUUGAGAAUGUACGUGUAAUUGCCAAAGCCAACUUGGUGACAUACAAGGGCCCAACAAUGAUUGCGUGCACCCUUCAUGCGAUUGCCAUCCUGUUGAAGGAGAGGUUAAGAUGGGACUGGUUUAUAAAUCUGAGUGCAUCGGAUUAUCCUCUUAUGACACAAGAUGAUAUACUACAUGUUCUAUCUUCUUUGCCUAGAAACCUCAACUUCAUUGAGCACUCACCUAUUGCUGGUUGGAAACUGACUCAGAGGGCAAGACCAAUAAUUGUUGAUCCGGGUCUUUAUUUGUCCAAAAAAUUCAACGUUUUUGAAACCAAAGAACGCCGUGAACUGCCAACCUCUUUCAAAUUGUACACUGGUUCAGCAUGGGUGAUGCUGACUCGGAACUUCCUCGAGUACUGCAUAUGGGGAUGGGAAAACCUUCCUCGAGUUCUCCUGAUGUAUUAUGUAAAUUUUAUCUCCUCACCUGAAGGUUACUUCCACACUGUCAUCUGCAAUUCUGAUCAGUUCAAGAACAGUUCGAUAAGCCACGACCUACAUUAUAUUGCCUGGGACAAACCUCCAAAGCAACAUCCACGAUACCUUUCCACCAAAGACUUCAACAAAAUGGUAAAAAGUGGUAUGCCCUUUGCUCGGAAGUUUGGAAAAGGAGAUUCAGUUUUGGACAAAAUCGACCGUGAACUCUUGGGGCGAUCCGAUGGGCAAUUCACCCCAGGUGGGUGGUGCAGUCAGAGAUCAGAUGGGGCAGAACAAUGCUCAUCAAGGGGUGACGAGUCCAAGUUUCUGCCAGGUCUGGGUGCUGAAAGGUUAGAGCAAUUGAUGAAAAAGCUUAUGUCCCAGGAUUUCCGAAACGGGAGCUGUUCCUCAUUGCAGUAUGAUCAAACUAAGAGAGAUUGGAUUCAUAGAAAUGCAGCUUAACAAGAGCAAACCCACAAUUCUUGGUUCUUUGCACUAUAUACUUCAUGAUAUCUCUGAGAUGUCACAUAUGGCAUAGUAUGAGAGAGUCAUACCUGCAUCAUUGUUCUGGAAGGACUAUUAUCAAGCAUUUGGAUCAACAUAGCUUUGACUUCCUAAUCUAUGGAUGUUGCAGAAGUCAAUUGAGUGUCUCAAUGAGUUGGAGAGAGAAAUGCAUACCGAUAUCACAUAUAUUGAAAUCAAAGCUUGGGGCCAAGCUAAAGAGAAGUGAAAGCUAAUGCAUGAUGGCUCCUAGUUUGUACUUUUAGAUGAACAAAUUGUAUCUGACAUUGAAAGACUAGAAUUUUUUUCCUUGAUUUUUGAUAUUCUAAAAGAUCUUAUUUCUUUCUCAAGCAUAGUUAAGACAUGUUACUA